AUGUCUGAGAUUGAAGAGAGUGUCGAGGGUCAGUCAUUAGGCACCCAAGCAGAAGAUGCCACAGAUCCAGAGAAGGAACUAAUCCGUGAAGAGCUUAAAAAUAUGCCUUUCGAGGAGCUUAUCAAGCUGAAAAAGAAACUAGGGGCUAAGGUGUACAAUUCCACGGUUCUGGGUAUUGAGAAUAAAAAUAAAACCAAGGAAUUCAAGAGAGAAAACAAGAAUCGUCCGAGGGAAAUGAGUUUCAAGAAGCCCAAUUCCGUCCGGAAGAAGAAGAAACCCGAAGCAACUGGCCCCAGAGAUCCUAGGUUUGAUGAGAAAUGUGGAGAAUUCAGCAGGAGUGAGUUUAAGAAGAGGUAUAGCUUCGUUGAGGACAUGAGGGUGAAUGAACUGAAAAAAUUGAAGGAAAGCCUGAAGAAAACGGAUGAUCCUGAGGAGAGGAGCAAAAUUAAGAUGUUGAUUCAGCGGAUGGAUAAUCAAGUGAGGGAAGCUACGAAGCGGAAAAGUCGAGAGGAAGAGCAGAAGACGGCUAUUAGGGAAAUGCAGAAGGCAAAAGACGAAGGAAGAACCCCAAUCUUUCCGAACAAAAAGCAACAAAAGCUGAAGGAAUUGGUGAAGCAGUUCAAGGAUCUCAAGGAGACAGGAAAACUGCAGAAGCAUAUUGAGAAAAGGAGGAAGAAGAACGCUUCUCGGGACAGGAAGAGAAUGAAUAUGGACAAUGAUUAAAUAAAAAUUACUUUAUUGCUAA